UUCAUAAUCUUGUUGCAUGUUUAACUAAAUCAAUAUGGCCCGAAUGAACCGCCCAGCUCCUGUGGAAAUCACCUACAAGAACAUGAGAUUCCUGAUCACACAUAAUCCAACCAAUGCAACCUUAAACAAAUUCAUAGAGGAACUUAAGAAAUACGGUGUUACCACAGUGGUGAGAGUGUGUGAAGCUACUUAUGACACUGCUCCGGUGGAAAAAGAAGGCAUUCAGGUCUUGGACUGGCCCUUUGAUGACGGUGCUCCACCAUCCAACCAGAUUGUUGAUGAUUGGCUAAACCUCCUUAAAGUUAAAUUUCGUGAAGAACCUGGCUGUUGUAUUGCUGUACACUGUGUUGCUGGUCUUGGAAGAGCUCCAGUCUUAGUUGCUCUUGCACUGAUAGAAUGUGGAAUGAAGUACGAAGAUGCAGUGCAGUUCAUAAGACAGAAGCGGCGUGGAGCUUUCAACAGCAAGCAACUUUUGUACUUGGAGAAAUACCGCCCCAAGAUGCGUCUGCGCUUUAAAGACUCCAAUGGUCACCGAAAUAAUUGUUGUAUUCAGUAAAGCUCAACAGCCUAUAGUACUUCUUUGGGAAUAAAGGAUGGAAACUAGAACUAAGCAGACUGCAUGCCAAAGACAUCGGUCUGGUAUUUUUUAGUAGUAAAGGAAGCUUCCUUAGGAGUAUUUAUUAGGCUAAAGGCUCAGUAGAAAUGCAUCUUCUAUGUUUAGAUAAAUAUCUGUCUAUUUGGAGACCCAGUAAAUGUUCUUGCUGUACCCUGUUUCUGAGCUGUCUCCUUGUUUAUUAAUUAUCAGAUCAAAUAUCCUUUAAUCAUGCCAUUGAGUCUUACUGACCUAGUUUCAACUACUGAAAAUUGGGGUACUAAAAUAAAUCAAUCUGUAGAGAGAUUAGGUGCCAAAAUACCCAGCAUAUCAGCUACAUGUUUUUCCUUAAAAUGAGCAUAGUUAUGAUGAUGUGAGAACUACCAGCUUAUCUGGACUUUACUAUCUUUUUUUUUCUACAGCCAUUUCAAUAUUGAAGAAUAUGGCCUCUAAAGUAGUCUUGCCUGCUCACUGUAUGUUUUGUCUCCCACAAUCGCACUAGAAUUAUCAGGAUUUGCACAGUCUUGUCUUUUUAAUACUAUGAAUUACAGCAACUUUUUACCCCUGCAUCUGUACUUUUCUGUUACCUGAACCUCUCCAUAUUACAAGUCAUUACUCUGGUUAUUCAUGUAGAAGAUCUUUUAAAUUGUACAGAAGCACACAAGUCUUUAAUGUCUCCAGACAAAAAGCCUUACAGUAGAAUUAAUGUUGGCACUUCAUGUGCAACUUAACAGAGGGCCUGAAAAGGUUGGGAGGGGCUAUUUAAUAUUUCUAGUAAAAUGUUGCCUUUGUCUUGUGCAGGAAGUAUAGAAUAUGCCCUUUACUUUAGUAAAUAUUUUUUUAAAAUGUAGAGAUGCUUUGUUAUUGUAGCUAAAAAUUCUUAAUCAGAAAAUUUCUGAAAAAUCUUGUAGUUUUCUUUUACUGUAACUAUUGAGAGUUGUUUACCAACUAUUGCUUUGUUGAAAGUGUGAUCUUUUUCUUUUCGUUUUUCCUCCUUGAGUUUCUGCUAUGACUUGGGCAGACCUCUGUAAUAUUUUGUAUGCCUUUCAAGCUGCGUAACUUAAUAUUUGGAUACUUGAUAAUUUGUUUUAUUAUGUAAUUGAUAAAAUGGUGAUGUGUAUUAAUGUUAGUUCAACCAUAUAUUUAUACUGUCUUGGGAAUGUGUGGUUAUAGUUCUGUGGGAGAAAUACUUUUGCCAGUGUUCACCAGCUUGUAAAAUCUAGUGCGAGAGCUUAAAACAUCUAAAUAAAUACUGAAAUGCACUUAAGAAGUUUGCUGAAAUGCUCAUCACUUUCACUUACUUUUGUGUACUUUGUCAGCAAUCUUGAGGUGCCUAAAUUCAGGAUCUAAUCAGGCAUCUGUUUUCUUCUUUUUUUAAAAUCUGGGCCUGAAUGUCCCCUUUGCUGUAAUGUUUGCUGUUUGUUUUACUUACAAAUAAAUGUGGACAAAAAUUAA